CUCAAGCAUAUCAGAAUAGCCCCAUUGUGUUUAGGGAAGUUAAAUCCAUCAUUUCUGACAAACUGCUGCACAGCACAGAUAACUCCUGCCUUCCUGUGUGUGUGUGUGUGUGUGUUUGUGUUUGUGUGUGUGUGUGUGUGUGUCUGUGUGUGUGUGUGUGUUUGUGUUUGUGUGGCUAGCUCUCUGUAUCUACGGUGUCUUGGUCAUAAAUAUCCCUCAGAGAAUGCUCGGCCUGGGGGCCUGCCAUAGUGCUGAUGACGGUGGCACUAAAACCCAUUGCUUUCUCCAUCGCUGAAGUGAAACUGUAAAUCUCCAGAGUCCAUUAUGGCUCUCCAUGGAACCAUGGCUAGCCAUUACUCCGUGUAAUCAGUCGGGGUCUGUAGCUGUGUUUGUAAAUCUAAUUCAUUGUAAUGGUGGUGGUGGGUUUGAUUAUUACAGACUGUGUGUAUAUGGGGGUAAGCAGAAUAUAUUGAUGAAAGCACACGCACAGAAACAUGAUUGCAAUACAGGAGUGUCCUCCAGGUUUGCAAAGUCACCUGCUGGCCGGGAUAUGGAGAGUUCAUAGGAAAUAAUGGAUUGUAUUUAUAUAUAACUUUUCUGGCUGGUUUAAAUAAUUGUUGGUGACCAUAUUCCAACCUGCUGUUUCACAAUGAAUACAGACCAAGGUCAAGCCACUUUAUGCAAUUCCGUUAAUCAAUAUUUAAUUUAAUCAAUAUGUAAUUUAUUCAACAACAUCUAUUCAACACAGUGACAAUGAAGACAAUUACAAAAUGGUUAUGAGGCUUAGGAUACAGGAAGUUGUGUUACUACCGGUAUACAAUGUUAUGUCUACGCUGUUUUUGCAUGUUCUAUGCAUUCUAUUUCUAUUGUAGCGACCUUUAACCCAACACCUAGCGACCUCGUCAAGAGGUUUGGAUCUCUUGGCGUAACGGCUAAGGCGUUGGGUUGACAGUCGCUGGACCCGGGUUCGAGUCCCAGUCGGGGCUACCCCCGAGUUAGCUACACUAUAACCCAUCUCUCCUCUCUGAUCCAACCCUAACCCUUAUCUAUGCAUUGUAUUUCUGUAGUCUCGCUCCCCUUCUCAGAUCUAAACUUAAAGGACCAUGGGAGGUGUGGUGGUGGACGAGGGGCCUGGGGGGGUGAAGGCACCAGACGGGGGGUGGGGCUGGGCUAUACUGUCCGGCUGUUUCAUCAUCACUGGGUUCUCCUAUGCCUUCCCCAAGGCUGUCAGUGUGUUCUUCAAGGAACUGAUCAGAGAGUUCGGAGUGGGGUACAGCGACACAGCAUGGAUCUCAUCUAUACUGCUGGCUAUGCUCUACGGCACAGGUCCUCUGUGCAGUGUGUUGGUGAAUCGUUACGGGUGUCGUCCGGUGAUGAUGGUGGGGGGACUGUUUGCCUCUCUGGGGAUGAUUCUGUCUUCCUUCUCCACCAGCAUCAUCCACAUCUACCUCACUACUGGAGUCAUUACAGGUCUGGGCCUGGCGUUGAACUUCCAGCCAUCUCUGAUCAUGUUGAAUCGCUACUUCAGUGAGAAGAGGCCCCUGGCUAACGGCCUGGCUGCUGCUGGGAGCCCUGUGGCCCUCUGCUGCCUCUCCCCUCUGGGACAGGUGCUGCAGUACCAGUACGGAUGGCGAGGAGGCUUCCUUACUGGGGGGUUACUGCUCAACUGCUGCGUCUGCGCGGCCCUCAUGAGGCCCCUAGUGGCCCCUCCUAAAACCCCCCAUCUGGAACUGGAAGAUGGAGAGAAGGAGGGAAGAGAGGUAGAGAAGACCCAGUCCAAACCCAAACCGCUCCUGGACUUCAGUGUGUUUAGGGACCGGGGUUUCCUGAUCUACACCAUAGCUGCGUCUAUUAUGGUUCUGGGUCUGUUUGUGCCGCCGGUGUUCGUGGUGAGCUAUGCCAAGGAGCUGGGGAACGAAGACACUAAGUCGGCCCUCCUCCUGUCCAUCCUAGGCUUCAUAGAUAUCUUCGCCCGGCCCACCUGUGGCAUCAUCGCUGGGCUGAAGUGGGUCAGGCCCAGAGUUGUCUACCUGUUCAGCUUCGCCAUGAUCUUCAACGGAUGCACCGACCUGGUGGGAUCUCAGGCGAAGGACUACCCGUCUCUGGUGGUGUUCUGUGUGUUCUUCGGGAUCUCCUACGGGAUGGUGGGGGCACUACAGUUUGAGGUUCUCAUGGCCAUCGUUGGCACGGAGAAGUUCUCCAGCGCUUUAGGACUCGUGCUGCUCAUGGAAGCUAUCGCUGUGCUGGUGGGACCGCCUGGAGCAGGUCGGCUGCUGGACGCCACUAAGAACUACAUGUACGUGUUCCUGCUGGCAGGAGUUGAGGUGGUUCUCGCCGCCGUGGUCCUCGCCACGUGUAACUUCCUGUUCAUCAGGAAGAAGCCCUCGGAACCCGCCGCGGAACUGGAGAAUGGAACGGUUGCCACGGAGAUGGAGCAGCUCAACAAGCCCGUUGCCGCCGAGGAAGAGGAGGAGGAGGAAGAAGAGAAGGGGGAGAAGGAGGAGAAAGAGAAAGAGAAAGAGGAGGUGAAGGAGAUGAAGGAGGAGGACAGUGAGAAAGAGAAGGAGGAAGAGGAGGAGGAAGAGAAGGAGGAGAUCAGGCCUGAGAUCGUAGAAGUGGAGCGCAUCCUUAAAGAACCAGAAUAACAAAAUGGCGCGGUGCUCUCCAAUUCUGAGACACGUCUGUAGGAGGAGGAGACCCUGGCACAGGACAAACUAUAGACUUUACACUUAAACACUGCCAAGGGCACUUUAAAUGGCACUAAGAAAUGGUCUGCUAAAUGACUAAAAUGUAAAAUGAAAUGUACUCUGUGAACUUUGAAGGGGACUAAAAAGUGUACUUUGUGGGGCAAGAAAGUGCUUAGAGAAGCACACUGGGGAAGAAGGAGCUGGUCCUAGCAGUAUCCUGCUGUAUGUAGUUGAGAUGUUGUGUUGUUGUGUUGUCGUGUGUAGCUGUUCUCUGUGGGGCUGUGUGCCAUAUCAACAUCAAUAACACACACACACACAUAUACACACACACACACAAUCGUGAAGUGAAACCGACAAAUGUCAAGUGAAUAACCGUACUAAUAGUCUUGUGCGCUGCCAUGUGAAUUGUGAAGCUACAAGUGUCUAGUGCUGCAGGGAUCAAACAAAAGGUGUGCUGUGGUAUAAAGUGUUGUUGUUGUUUGUAAUAAUAUGGAAAAAAAAUACAAUCCUGCCUACUACUUUGGAGCACAACAUUAGAAGUGUUCUGGAACUUUAACCAAACCCAGUGUGGAACAUUCCGCUGUUAUUCAACAUUCUGCUGAGUGGCAGGAAAGAAUGGAUACCUGGCUAUUGUCAUUCAUAUCAUUUCACUCUGAGCUUUGGUACAGAGAUUUAAAGGUAUAGUGAUGUUGAAUUUCACUCUGCAACCUUGUAGAGAUUGUAGACUUUAUUGGACUAGGACACACAGAGAGAGGCCAAUGAGAACACCAGACUAGUAUCCCUGGUUCCGUCCCAAAUGGCACCCAGAGAGAGGUACCAUUUGGACAUGUUUGUUUGUUUCAGUGUCAUAACAUUAACUAUGACGACAGAAAGAGGUCACACUGUUUCUAGACUUCACAGUUUCAUCUGUAGAUACAGUGGGUGAGUGCCAAAUGGCACCCUAUUCCCUAUAUAGUGCACUACUUUUUAACAAGGGCCCAUAGUGCUCUGCUCAAAAGUAGUGCGCUAAAUAGGGAAUAUGGUUCCAUUUGGGGGACACACAUUAUUAGGUCUCACAGAACUAGCCGACAGAAACCAUUCAGUCCAGAGAAACCAAUGACUUCCCAUGCAGAUCUAAAACAAAUAACUUAGUGGUAUUCAACUUCUUUCCAAUAUUUGUAUUAUCCUUUUUUUUAUUUUUAUGUAUUGAUACUUUUAUUAUGUCAGUAUUGUUAAGGAAGUUAAGGAAGGCUAAAACCUCUCUCCAUUUCAUGAUAAGUCAUAUGUAUGUACUUCACCGUUACUGUGUGUGUUCUGUUUUCUAAACGAUACCUUGAAUUGAGACUCUGUGCUACGUGUUAAAUGAUAAAGAUGCUGUAAGGUAGUGGUGUGGGCAUUAUUUUACCUUGGCUGCAUCCCAAAUAGCACCAUAUUCCCUAUAUAGUGCACUAUGUCUCUCUCACUAUGUCCCCGGUCAAAAGUAAGAGGGAAUAGGGUUCCAUUUGGAAUGCAUCCCUUGUUUAUCUGUUGGGAGCUACACGAUUAAACUAAACACCUCAAAGAGUUGAUGAAACUAAACACCUCAAAGAGUUGGAACUGAAAGUACCACAUAAACAACAACAAGCCAGAAUUUAAAGUCAAGGUUUAUUGUUCUUGUCAGUGGCCAAGUAUAGAUUAUAAUAUGUUUAUAUAAUCUUAUUCGAGUUUAGAUCAUUAUAAUUUAAUAGGAGCCAGUUCUGAUUAUUUUGUUAUUUGGCACUUAGGUCACGUCAGAUAGUAGAUGAGAUAUGAAGACUUACAGUACCUUGGAAUAUUUCCCAAACUCAUUUUGGUUAUCAGAGCUCUUCCAAGCACGUCUAACCCAAUUAGGUCUCAGAGUGUUUCCUGGUCAGGUCACGUGGGGGCCUAAUCAUAUGAAUCCCCUCUUUACACCUUGACUGUGUGGAACCAUGCUUGUUUCAGUCAUACUUGUUCUGAUUAUACACCUUGACUGUGUGGGACCAUGCUUGUUUCAGUCAUACUUGUUCUGAUUAUACACCUUGACUGUGUGGGACCAUGCUUGUUUCAGUCAUACUUGUUCUGAUUAUACACCUUGACUGUGUGGAACCAUGCUUGUUUCAGUCAUACUUGUUCUGAUUAUACACCUUGACUGUGUGGAACCAUGCUUGUUUCAGUCAUACUUGUUCUGAUUAUACACCUUGACUGUGUGGAACCAUGCUUGUUCCAGUCAUACUUGUUCUGAUUAUACACCUUGACUGUGUGGAACCAUGCUUGUUCUGAGUGAUGAAUAAUGACUGAAUAAACGGCCAUGUUCUA